AAUUGUUGCACAAUAUGCCGGAAACAAAUUAAAACAAGGAAAACAAAUACGUGCAUCGUUGAAGAAAUUCAGAAAAAAUUGCUGUUUUAGUAUCCUAUAAUAAGAUCUAUAUUUAUAUGAAGCCCUCCGGUGGAAUCUGAUCCUCUUUAGAGUUAAGCAUUGGGAUAAUUCAAACGAUCUUCAGGAAAUCUCUUCUAUAUUUAUCUUUUGUCUCUAACGAACUGCAAAUGCAUAGGUAAUGAAUUAUCUGAAAUCAGGUAAAAGUACCGAGGCCACAUAUAUGUAUAUAUUUAUUGGAGUUUACAUGUCGGACAGUGCCUUUGAAUUAAAAUGUCUUGACCUUUAUAUAAAUGACUACCUUAUAGGUGUGAUAAUUGACAUUGGUAGCAUUACAAGCGGCAAGAAAAAAGGUGCAUGUAGCCAUUAGUUCACGCCAGGGUUUGGCAAUUUACGCUUUCUAUAUUUAGGGGGGGUUUUAAUUUAUGUCGCCAAUUUUUCAUUUUAACUCUCUGGCCAUAUAACAAACUAUUUCGCAACAUAAAUGAUUCAGUUGAAGGAAAAACAAUUGCAGUUUAUUACUUGUUAAAAAUAACUCUGACGGAUGAACUGGUACAUGGCCAGUUGAUUUCCCGAAGGUUGUUAUCGAAGCUGUACUGUUACAAGCAACUAAUGAGGUUUUUUUUUGUGUCGAACAGAACAACGAACAGGUCGCAAAAAGACACAAGAACGUCUUUUUCAAGACCGUUAUAGGAGUUUAAAACUCUACGGGUUAGAAAUCCUGUGCUGUUAUAGCCAGUCAAAAUCCUGAUAGCUGAUUGGUCACUCAAUCUGCUUUAUAUAGUGUAUUACAAGUGUUAAAUUUCAAACCGUAUUCCCAAAUAACGAUGACGUACGCUGUGAUAGUGUAUUACUACAACUACAAAAGCAACGUUCAGCAAGAAUAUAUUAGAAUUAAACAAACCAAACCAAACAUGUUUUGAGAAUCUUUAUCUUCGCUACGCACGACGUAUACAGCAAGACUGGCCAAAGUACGAUGCAAAACGUUUUGUGCGCUGAACUAGUUGGAAAAAUAAAAACAAGCAAAAACAAAAAGCAGCAAAAAACAAAUCAGGGAAACUUUGAAGGAACGAUUUAACAAUUUUGAUUAAUUAACACUGGAUCGUGAAAUGCACUUCAUGACAUUUGUUUGCAUUGAAUUCAAAACACUCAGUUACUAGCAAUAAACGCCUUUCAAUUUGUAUUUUAUUUAUUUUUUUGCAUGGAUAAUCGAGAAAAGUCUGAGGGGAAACUCGAUAAGGUUAAAAUUUCAACUUAAGAUGACGAGAAAGAGGGUAUGACGGUGAAAAGAUUCAAAACAUUUUCUUGACAUGUUACCUUAAUUACCUCCGACUUCGGUUAAAUUUAAGGUUUGUUUUUUUGUGUUUUUCAUAUGAAAAUACCUUGUGAGAAUUUCUUCAGGCUCGAAUGAUAUAACAUAAUCAACAAGGCAAAUGGAGAGCUAAAAAUAUAUCUAAUGCAUUUUGCAUUGUUGUUUAGCAUUGGAAAGAUGCUGGAUUUUUCAAACAAAUUUCAAACGUAAACCUAUAAAAAUGCAAAAUUUGUCUUUGUGAACGGCUCUAAAGACGUUGGGUAAAAAAUUAAUCAAGAAAUUUUUAGGAACAUAAAGCGUUGUAUUUGUGCGUGCUGUGUCGGUGCAUUUCACCAGCCAUUAAUCUAAGAAUAUUCUGAUCUGAUCCACCUGCCUCAGUCAUUUAGGCGCCUAAAAUUGGAGUUAUUUGACAAACGCAUUUCUAAAGUUUUUGUUUUCCGACCAAUAGAGUGGGAAAUAAAACAGCUAGGGGCAACAGGAAUCUUUUGAAUACAGCUUUGUCUUUCUUCAGUCGCACGAUUUCUCUUUUUGAGUAGGUCUUUGAUUGAAGCUCCAAUGUAAUGGGAAGCUUCAGUGUUUCUUUUGAUUAUGGGAAAGACUUAAACAUAACAGGAAACAAACGUGGUAAAGGUAAAUGAUAUUUCCUGAAUUUUCAACACCCUAAUUCUUCGUAUCUUAUAGAACGUCUAAGCGGAGGCAAUUUCUCUAUGUGACAGCUAUUAACAAAGUUCAGUAAAAGAGACGAGGAUAAGGAGCACCAGGCCAUGAACAAGCCAUGAUGUGAUGGCUAUAUAAGCUCAGACAAAAAGGACGCAAACAAAACUGCGUUAGUUGAAACAUAAAUAUCCGGACCUGCAUUGAAGCUCUGGCAAGAGAAGUGCAAAUCGAGCGUUGCUAUGCUGUUAAACGGCACAAGUUCAGCAACGCCGAUUCUUGGAAACUCCACAAACUCUUCGCGAAUUACACACUUACCGCGGCAAUAUGAUACAGCAAGAAUCAUCAUACUUGUGCUGCAAAUAAUUGUUUCCCUUAUAGGAACUGUCGGAAAUGUUCUCGUGUGUGUUGUUACAUCGAAAAAAAGAAACUUGAAGAUAGUCGGCAAUCGUUUAAUUCUCAAUCUCGCCAUCGCCGAUUUGGGAGUGUUACUCAUUAACUAUCCGAUUCAUAUCAGCAAAGAAUUCUCUAUCUCGUGGCCGUUUGGUGAGUUCGUUUGCGAAACUGUCUUCCCUUUCACUUUAAUCUUUUACGGGGUAGGAAUCGGCUGCAUCACAGCCAUUGCACUUCACCGCUACAGAAUGCUGGUGCAUUGCAUGAAGCCGCAAAUGAACAAACAAACAGUCAAACGCGUCCUGUUCCUCAUCUGGCUUCUAUCCUUCAUUAUUGUGGUAAUGCCAUUGUUUUUCGUCAUGAAGUUGCUACCCAUACCAAAAAUCGGGAUAGUGAUCUGCGAACCACUGUGGCCUAACCCGUUGUCCAGCCAGAUGUACCAUACUACGAUUGUCUUGGCUUUUUACAUCAUUCCUUUGAGUAUUAUCGCGGUAACAUACAUUCGCAUCAGAACGAAGCUGAAGGACAGCAUUCGCAGACACGACAGCUACCGGCGCUCGAGCUUCAGAGAACAAACUGCUCGAAAGGAGUCUGUUUCCAGGAUUGUACAAAAUCGCCGAGCCUUGAGACUUCUUGCACCAGUUGUUAUUGUGUUUGCUGUCUGCAUGGCGCCCUCGCAUUUGACCACCAUCAUGUCUCUUUUUGUCCACAUUACCGGUUCCAAACACGUUGCAAUCGCUGCUCGUAUCUUUGUUCUUUUACUGGUAACAAACGCUUCUGCUAAUCCAAUAAUCUACUCUGUAGUGAACUCAGACUUUCGCCGUGACUUCGUGCAACUUCUGCGAUGUGACACCGACGGUUGCUGUGCGGAUACCACGGAAGGACUUAGCUUGAACACAUUUCGACGAACCUCUUCUUCACUCAACAGGCGCGACAAAGACGGAAAAAGAAGUUCCUUCUUACUCAGUAGGAGAAGAAGCUCUAGCUCCAGCUCCAAAAAAAGUUCGAAGUCGUCAUCAAGGAAUUCCGCCGAGAAACUACAAGCUAAAAUUAAUGAUGGAACCGCGGCCCACGAGAAAGUGUAGCAAGGUGAUGGCUAAUGAGUCACAAAGGACUGAUUAGACCACUAUUCUGAGAUCAAAGAAAAAUAGUUUUGACAGCCCACUCAGCUUCUUCGAGAAAUAAACACAUAUUUUGAAACUGAAGAGUAGAAAAGAGGUAGAAAUAGAAGGAAAAGACGGAGAAGAACCUGAAAACACUGAAGAGGAAGGAGAAUGAACAGGAAGGAGAAGAAAUAAGAUGACAACAGCCGCCAUGUCGACCGAGCGAACUCUUUGUCAUUUAAACCACAGACUUUAUUAAGGCAAGCAUUCAUUUCAUGUUCAAAACCUAGCACGACUAAAACUGGAGCGUUGAACACUAAUUUCCCUGGUUUUGCAUUGUGACAUUUGUAAACACCCCGUAUUUCUCCAAAGACUCUUUCACUGUUAACAAUUAGUGGAAAUUUUCCGGCAUAUUUUCACGACUAGAAAUAAGCCUACUUCGCUGUUUUCAAUUCCAACAUAUAUUUCAUGUAAUACUAAAUAUAUGAACACCCACGAGCGUCAGCUCUUUAAAACAAAACAUUUCCGCUCGAUGCGCUUUUCUUUUGAAUAAAAUUUACAGUUCUGAAAAGCACUCAGUGCUGUUGCCUGUACAUCUCUUGACACUUUUUUAAGAGUGAUGCGCUGUUUAUUCUUAAAACAAUAUGAUGAUAGACUAAUUCUAAAUUAAAAACUUGAUCAUGUCAAGUUUGAAGCUUAAGAUUUCAGAAGCAGGUUGAAUUCUUGAUUUCUGUUUCCUGUUCAUGUACUUUUUUUCCAGACUGUUGACACUUUUUUUUAUGAGUGAUAUGCUGUUUAUUCCUAAAACAAUAUGAUGGUAGACUAAUUCUAAAUUAAAAACUUGAUCAUGACAAAUUUAAAGCUUUAGAUUUCAGAAGCAGGUCGAAUUUUCGAUCCUGGGGAUCAAGAAAUAAAAAAAAAGUUAAAGUUUUUAGGAUUUUGUUUUCAGAAAAAGAUUUUGCAAAAUGUUGUUUUAUUUUGUCUGACUUGAAGAUAGGAAAAUUGACUUCCACGCAGGUGAGAUUUUUGUUCAGAAUUUACAUUUGUUCCAAACUUUAGGUUGGUAUACAAACAUACUACUAAGGAUUCGAAAACACACUUUACGAGCAAAAUAAUAUCAGUGAAAAAUCCCACAGAUUAAUUAUCGAUGCACGUUGAGAAAAAAUCCUUUUGAGUGACCGCUAAAGGGCGUUUUAGAUAGGAUUUAAAGUUAAUUCAUCUCUGUGUAGCUUGAUGGGCAUUCUGUACACAGGAAGACACUUAGCACCUGACCGGUUAAAUAUAUGAAAAGUGACGGAUUAUUAAAAAUAUUGACCAUAUUGAGCACGAUUAUUUCAGGCACAUUAAUCUUACUUUAAAAGCUUAUACUCCAGGCUAAGCCAUGUAUAAGAAACACUAAAUUGUCUUAUUGGGUACGAGUUUGAAAAAAAAAAUGUGAAAUACAGGACUUAGCAGUUUUUAAAAUUCUAAUUAUCAUUUCGAUUUCAAUCCUGAAAACACUUUUCUAAAGGGUCAAUCAGACUGCAGGGAUUUUCAGAUAAAAAUUGCUAUAGAUAGUCCUCACAAAAUCAUGAAUCUCUUAUCAAACACUGGUUUGGCGUUAAUGUGUUCCGUUGACGCUCGGGGCCAAAGAGUUGGCGUGAAAAGUUUCCUAAAACAGAUAUAGUUCUGCAACGUGUACUUAAAUGAGUUGUAUUUUGACUGGUUGUAUUUGGGUUUGCUUCCCGUCCAUUCGAUGGGCGGUACGAAUCAUCUUUCUUUAACAAAAAAGACUAAAAAUAUCAUAUCAUAGCGCAAGGCAUGUAUUUUAUCGUUAAAGGGAUGAAACUCCAUGACAACAAUCAUCAACCAUAAUUUCAUGGCAGCAAUCAACAAUAAACAACAGUAUUAAAGCCGCCUGGCUGUUUGGCAGGAAUAGAAAACGUUGAUAAUAAUUUUCCUGAAAAACAAGGUAAAGAAAUGUUGAGCGCAAUUGUGUUUAUAAUUAAAGCAAUUGCGCCAAAAAAUCAUGAAAGAAAAUUCAAGUAUUCAUUACUGUGAUGCAAACUUAUGAUGUUUUGGUGCAAUAUGCUUACAGAUGAGCUAAAACCUCUGCAAGAGGAUCAAUGGCGAUGAGUUCAUUUAUUCGAUCACAUAAGGAAUAAAAAGACAAGUAUUGUCUAUGAAAGAAUCAUGUAUGACUGGUUGCGAAUAGAUUAUGAAGUGAAAAUGUUCCGCCCGUCAGAGAUGGUUUGGUUUUCCCGCAUCACGCUGAUUCGAUUAAACGCUUUUGAUUUACCUCCAUAGUCUCGAUAGUAAUUACAGCACCACGCGUCUCAGGCUGUCCUAUUUAAUUUGAAUGAUUUGAGCAUCAGAUAGUUAAGUUUGAGAUUACAGAUAAUUUAAGUCGGUUUUUAUUUCCAAAGCAUUUCAUAAGUAAGAUUGUGAGCAUUAACCCACCAAUUGUGCCCAGAAAAAUGGCAAAACAUUCCUUAUACCAGCUCAGCUUGUAUGCUGCUGAUUGCUAUUACUCAAGACAGUUAGUUUGACCACUAUCAGUGACUCAAAGAUUGUUAGAAAGACUAUAUUAUCAUAUUAGACAGAGGGUUUCAAUUUUUCGUGCGCUUUUGAGUACCUUAUGCGCCAUGUUUGAUUGCUGCACUUUCCUUGUUUUGGUGAUACUUAACUAUAUUUAGCAAUGUACACAACCACUGUACAUUACCAGCAAAGAUUGGCUUAAAAAAAAAGCACACCUUGAUAUUCUAUGGCGCCAAAUUUACAAUAUCAUGUCAUACAAUCAGCUCCCUGUCAACUAAGCAAACGCCCACCAUGUUCAAUCUUUCUAUCGCCUCGCUGUUUUUGAAGGGAAUUUUGGCUUGUUUACAAGCACAAUAUUUCAGUUCCUUUAGCCGUUUUUAAAAUUCUAAUAUCCUGUAGUCUUUAGAUGCUUCCCUAGAUCUGGACUCUGCUGCUGGGCAGGCCGGUACAAAUAAUUGUAUUGCAACAUGCGGUUUUGGCUACUGAGUUUUUGACCGCGAGAAUACUUCAUGUAACGUUAUAUAAAGCAAAAGCGCUAACGACAACCGCUGGCUCUAUUUCGACCCAACCUUCAUCUUCCCACGACAUUUACGCUUGACUUGACAGAGGUUAGACAAAAAGCAAAUACCGACCAUUGUGUCUUGUUUAAACGUGUUGGUGCAUGUUUAGCUCAAUGGAAACCGAAAAGUAUUUGUGAAGAUGACUUAAGUAGUCGAAACCGUUAGGUUCUUCUAAUUUUGUUUAACUUUCAAGCCUUGUAAACAGCGUCUUCAGGCAAUUUCUCUGCCAACUUUGGUGCUCACGGGUUGGUUCUUUUUAUUAGUGUCGGUGGAAGAAACCUGUUUAUAGAAAAUAUAAAAAGAACUGUGUAGCAAUGUUCUUAAAAAUUCGCCAACAAAUCCACUGUCCUCUAAUUCGAUUAAGAAGUUAAAAUUUCUUAUAAUUCCUCUCUGAAACAUUAAUAGAAUGCCAGACAUACAUGAAACACUGGAGAUUAUAACCAAUAACUUAAAAAGGUGCUGAGUUAUUGAACUAGUUAUUA